AUAAGGUUAUCCAUGUGGAUUGCUCGGUAUGGAAAAACAUGAGAGCUCUGCAAAAGGCAAUUGCGGAGGAGUUGGAGCUUCCGCAUUCAGUAAUGGCCAUCUUUGAUCGGUGUGAGGAGGACGACGACUUCAGUGGGAUAGAUGAAGGCUCCAAAGGGGUGAUAGCAGAUAUCAGAAGGGAAAUAUUCAGAAAACUUGUUAACAGUAUAUUUGUGGUAGUUUUUCACAACGGGAGCAGAAGGUACAUUGAUUUGUAUGAUUGCGGUGUCCCAAUAACAACAUUUUUGAGUAACAUGAUGUUGUGGACCUGGCACGGGAGGUUUCGGGUCGAUCUCGAUCGAAUACUAGAAGAUGGGGAACAGGGAAAGAUGAAGAGUCAGACAGAUGUUCUCUUAUAUGCUUCUCCGCAACUUGAAGAUGAGGAAAUACGAGAUCUACUGCAUGAAGAGGCUUUGGAGGUUGCCAGGUGUGCGGGCAUUGUUAAGCCCGAUGAUAUAAGCCACAAGAUAGUCAUGGAGUGCCUCAUAUGCAUGACAAAAAUUGCUACGGACUUGAAGACACAUGCACCAAACUAUUGGAUCUGUGAUGGUAUUAUACAGGGCCAAGACAAUGCAUCAGCAUGGGAUAUUGGCAAUUCUCUGCACAGAAACAUGUGCUUGGAUGUUGAGCUAACAUAUAAUGAGGAAACAGCUCCCAUGCUACAGGUGUCGGGUGAUUUACUUGUUAACCGCUAGAAUUUCACCACCCACAAACAACUCCUUAAGG